GAAUCCGGACACACACACACACACACACAAACGUUAUUUUAGUCCUAAAAUGUCCUAAGUUACAAGUAAUUCACUCCCGCUGCAAUCAGUUUCACUUUUCGACUGUCAAACCAGCCGAGCACAGAGGAAUCAUCGCUCAAUUGCCAGCGAACUUGCCGUUUUGUCUUCCCAGAUUAUAGAGGAUCCAAAGAGAGAGGAUCAAGGAGAGAGAAAUUGGAAAAAAGGAAUCGCCUGUGAUGUUGGGUGAGAAAGAGUGGCUGGCAUGCUGUGGGAGCGUCAAAUUUGCCCAAGAAAUGGUGUCCGCCGGACCCUUUUCCAAUUAUCAAGAAGCCCUUGAUGCGGCUAAGGAUAUCUGGUUUAACAAAGUGGAUGUGAAUGGUUGGUUGGAAGCGUUUGCUGCGCAUCCUCAGAUUGGUGAAAGCCCAUCACAGACCCACAAAAGUCCAACCAGUGCCCAGUGGAGCAAGGGGGAGCAGUCAACUGCCUUAGCUACUGCGACAGACUCUACGUUAGAGGAGCUAUUUGAGUGGAAUGCUCGUUACAGGCAAAAGUUUGGGUUUGUCUUUCUGAUAUUUGCAUCUGGAAGAAGUUCCCCAGAGAUACUUGCAGAGAUGAAGAGAAGAUAUCAUAACAGGCCAAUCGUUGAGUUUGUGCUUGCAGCUGAGGAACAAAUGAAGAUAACCGAAUUACGUCUCUCUAAACUAUUUUCAGCUAAUGCAACUUCUGGUUCCACCAUCAAGACUCAUCAUACAACAGAUGUUGUGACAAAAGCAGGAGAAGAUCGUGUGAGCAUCAUUGGAGGACAUUUGAUUGCUGCAAAUGAAACCCCCACAUCCAAGCCAUCUGCGACUUUCACCAGGACACGGCCGCCAAUCACAACUCAUAUCCUGGACGUGGCUCGCGGCUUUCCGGCUGCUGGUAUUGAAGUUCGUCUGGAGACAUGGGACAAUGGUCAAUCCCGGCCGUUAUUUGGGCAGGCAGAUUCAGGUCCCUGGAAUCUACUUGGCUCCUCAACCACAGACAAAGACGGACGAAGUGGCCAGUUGAUGAACAUGGUCGACGCUCUCAAUCCAGGUGUAUAUCGAAUCAGUUUCAACACUGGAAAAUACAAUCCCGAGGGUUUUUUCCCAUUUGUCUCUAUCGUGUUUGAAGUCAGGGAGUCCCAGAAGUUUGAACAUUUUCAUGUUCCUCUGCUGCUUUCUCCGUUUUCACUGUCCACUUAUCGUGGGAGCUAGUUUCCAUCCGUUGCAAGGUUUGAAGGAUUGCUGCCGUCUUUGGCCAGCAAUAAUGUAGUAAGCUGGAAAAUGGGAUGUGAUUUGUAACUUCUCGUACUGAAUAUGAUGUUUCUAUGGGAUGUGGAACAUUGGUUGUACUUCUGUCGUUUGUUAAGGUCAUUUAUGUUUCUGUAAUAAGAAGAUUCAAUAGUUCUCGCUCUCCAA